AUGGUGGAGGAAUGUGACAGCGACGAUGAAGAAGGAAGGAUGGCGGAAGGAGGAGACGACAACGGCAAAGGAUGGAGGAUAGCGGAGGGACGCGACGCAACAGCAAUGCGAGAUUGCGACCAUGAGAAAGUAAUGGAAGAAAAUAAUGUUGUUGAUGAGUUGGGUAGUUGUGGUUGGAAGCCGAAAUUGGACAUGUCAUUUGACUCUGAACAAGCUACGUAUGACUUUUACAAUAACUAUGACGGGAAGGUUGGUUUUAGAAUUAGGAAGUCGUAUGCACACAAGAACAAACAAACUAAGGAAAUAACUUCACGGACUUUUGUAUGUUACAAAGAGGGAACUCAGGGUUUUGACAAGCGAGAUCCACUAGCAAAAUUUCCGAGACAAGAGGGAAUCUGGUGGAAGAGCAACACUUGGCUUCACAAAAUUGGACCAAAAAAUUACUUGAGAUCGAAGAGACAAAAGGAUUUGAAAUAUGGAGAAGCGGGUAGUGUGUUGCAAUACUUUUGUAAGAAAACUGUGAAAAAUCCAUCCUUUUAUUAUGCAGUCCAAUUAGAUUGUGAAGAGCAGAUAAGUAAUAUAUUUUGUGCCGAUGCUCAAAUGAUAAUGGACUAUACUCAAUUUGGUGAUGUAGUGACCUUUGACACUACUUACAAAUUAAAUAACGAGCAUAGACCUUUUGGAACCUUUGUUGGAUUUAAUCAUCAUCGAGAAACAGUUAUAUUCAGUGUAGCAUUGAUGUAUGAUGAGACUGCCGAAUCAUUUACAUGGUUGUUUCAGAUUUUUUUGGAGGAAAUGUUAAACAAAGCUCCGAAAACUAUUUUCACAGAUCAAGAUGCUGCGAUGGCUAAGGCCAUUCCAAUUAUCAUGCCUACUAAAAACCAUCCACUUUGCACAUGGCAUUUGAUGCAAAAUGCGGUGAAGCAUGUAAGUUCUCUUUUUGAAGUCGUAGGGGUGAAGGGUGUGUUUUCUAAAUUUAUGCAUGAAAUUGAUGAUGAAGAAGAAUUUAGAAUACAAUGGGAACAAAUGCUUGAUAGGUAUGAUGCACGCAACAAUCAUUGGUUGGAGCAAACUUUUGGUGUGAAGGAGAAAUAG